CACGCAAUUCCCUCAAUUGAUCGCUAGUCACGCCCUUGGUCAAUUGAACAUUGAUCGAAUAAUAUUGUAGAGGAUUUCAUUCGGUGCCCAAGAUGCUUUCCAGAGCUGCCCGUCCCGCCGUCCGCGCCGGCGCUGCGGCGUCCACACACUCCGUUGCUCCAAAUGCUGCCACCUUCGCGACUCUUCGUGAGAUUGAGGACCGUCUCAAGUCCAUCCGCAACAUCGAGAAGAUCACCAACACCAUGAAGAUUGUUGCCUCGACCAAGCUGAACAGAGCGACACGCGCUAUGCAAGAUUCCCGAGCAUACGGACAGACCUCGAACACCGUCUUCAAGGAGGCCGAGACCAAGGUUGCCGAGGAGGGCGACAAGAAGACUCUGAUUGUCAUUGCCAGCUCCGACAAAGGUCUUUGCGGUGGAAUCCACUCCGGACUGGGCAAGCACACCCGUCGCAUGCUCGCUGCCAACCCCAGUGCCGACCUCGUCGUUAUUGGCGAGAAGGCCAAGGCCCAGAUGGCUCGUUCCAACUCCAGCAACAUCAAGAUCAACUUCACUGGUAUCGGAAAGGCCAUCCCGACCUUCGCCGACGCUUCUUUGAUCGCCGAUCAAAUCGCCGCUCUCCCAGAGAAGUACGACAGCGUCCAGAUCGUCUACAACAAGUUCGUCAACGCCCAGUCGUACGAGGCUACCGUUAUCGAUGCCUACUCCGUUGAGACCAUCCUCAGCUCCGCCAACUUCGCCGCUUUCGAGAUCGACGAUGCUGAGCUCCCCAACCUCCAGGAGUACGCUCUCACCAACUCCCUCUACUGGGCUCUUGCUGAGGGACACGCUUGCGAGCAAUCUGCCCGUCGUAACGCUAUGGACAACGCUUCCAAGAACGCUGGCGACAUGAUCACCAAGUACCAGAUUCUCUUCAACCGCACCCGUCAAGCCGUUAUUACCAACGAGCUGGUUGAGAUUAUCACUGGUGCCGCCGCUUCGGAAGAGUAAGGGGAUUGUGCAUAGAAUCUCUUUUGUUAUUAUUUAGAUCUGCAGAUGGACGGAAACCCCUAGCUGUAACUCGCACCCUCAAUGUACCAAAGUCUCUCUCAUCUAUGAUGUUCUUUCUUCGUUUUGUGGAUAGAAAAUGUUAGAUGUUGUGCUAUCUAUUGCAAUAAUUUUCUCCAUCACACGGAACAAACCGGA